GAAGCAAGGAAACAGCAGGAGAGAGAUAGAGAGAGAGAGUUUCUCCGACCUGUAGUCCUUUCUUUGGCUGCACUGUUCUUUUUGAAAGCAAGAAAGAGAAAAAAUUGUAGGAAGAAAAGGAAAGAGAAACCCAAUUCUUUCUUUUUUUCGAAAUUCAAAGGAGAUUCUUUGUGCAUUUUAGUUCUCGUUGAAGCUUUGAUUUAGAUCAUUUCUGGUAUAGAAUUUCGUGUUCGAAUUCUUGUUCUUGAAGCAGAAACUGGAAGAAAAUUCACGCAAUUCAGAUCAAAGAGACAUCUGUGAUUUGGUGUUGUGGUUGGUGGCCAAAGUUAGUUCGUUCGUUCGUUCGUUCAUUCAUAAUUUAAUUUCCGUUUUUUCUUCGAAAAGAUUUAAAUACUCAAUUUUGUUGAUAAAAGUGAAUGCGCCUCCGAUCUCAGGCGGCGGCGCCAUAUCUUUUAAGAAAGUUUAAAUUCCUAGCCUUCAAGACGGAUCUGAUAACAAGCGAUUUAGAACGUAUAAAUAUUUAUUGAAUUACAAGAUAUCUCCGCUUUGGAUGGAGCUUCCUCAGCAACGUCCUUUCGGAACCGAAGGAAGCAAACCAACACACGACCUUCUUUCACUGUACAGCCAUUCUUCAACUGCCCAACAAGAUCCAAGACCACCUUCUCAAGGUGGCUACCUCAAAACACAUGAUUUUCUUCAACCACUAGAACGAGGAGGCAAAACCACUGCCAAAGAAAUAAACAACGUUGAGGUUUUGGCGGUUGAAAAACCACCGCCUCCGGCACCACCACCUUCGGUUGAGCACAUCCUCCCUGGAGGAAUUGGGACGUACAGUAUCAGCCAAAUUUCUUAUUUCAACGAAAGAGUUCCAAAGCCAGAGAACACAAUAUUUUCAGUAGCUCAAGAUAGCAGUACCGAUAAAAAUGAUGACAACUCAAAUUGCAGUUCUUACUCAGGAAGUGGAUUCACACUUUGGGAAGAAUCCGCGUUGAAAAAGGGAAAGACAGGGAAGGAGAAUCUGGGAGAAAGAUCCAAUAUUAUAAGAGAAGCGGCAUUCAAGACGGGUCAGUGGACGACUUCAGAGAGGCCGUCACAAUCUUCAUCGAUCGACCAUCGCACUAGUUUCAACUCUCUUUCGUCCUCACAGCCAGCAGGCAGGAGUAGUACCCAGAGCUUCAUAGAAAUGAUAAAGUCAGCCAAAGGCUGUGCUUUGGAUGAUGACGUUGACGAUGAAGAAGAGUUCCUUCUUAAGAAAGAAACCCCUUCUCCUAUCCGCAAAGGGGAAUUGAGGGUGAAGGUGGACGGAAAGAGCAAUGACCAAAAACCUGACACGCCUCGGUCAAAGCAUUCUGCAACUGAGCAACGUAGGAGGAGCAAGAUAAAUGACAGAUUUCAGAUGCUGAGAGAACUCAUUCCUCGUGGUGAUCAAAAGAAAGAUAAAGCAUCUUUUCUCUUAGAGGUCAUUGAAUACAUUCAGUUUCUACAGGAGAAGGUACAGAAAUAUGAAGGAUCAUACCAAGGAUGGAACCACGAAACAGCAAAACUGGUGCCAUGGGAAAAUAAUAGCAGGCCUGUGGAAAGUUCUGUUGAUCAGUCUCGAGGCUUGAAUAGUGGUGCUGGUCCUGCAUUAUUAUUUGCUGCAAAGUUAGAUGAGAGAAACAUAACCGUUUCUCCUUCCAUUAAUCCUGGAGGAGUACGGAAUCCAGUCGAAGCUGACAUGACCUCCGCUAACGCAAUGGAUCGCCAUCCUGGUUUUACAAAUAAAUCAAUACCAUUUCCUAUCUCGCUGCAGCCGAACUUCAAUCCUGGCAGGACUGCAGGCACAGCAGCUCAGUUUCCACCUCGACUGGCAUCUGAUGCGGAGAACAUGGCAAGCCAAACUCAACCUCAAUCAUGCCAUGCCAGGUCAUGGAGCACUGACGAGGCUGUUGCUAGUGAUAAGGUGAAAGAAAAGGAUCUGACUGUAGAAGGUGGUACAAUCAGCAUCUCUAAUGCGUACUCUCAAGGGUUGGUAAAUACUUUGACGCAAGCCUUACAGAGUUCAGGAGUAGAUUUGUCUCGGGCCAGCAUCUCAGUGCAGAUAGAGCUCGGGAAGACAGGAAAUAGUAGACAAACUGCGUCAACAUCCAUUACAAAGGAUAAUAACGUUCUCCCUAGCAAUAAAGGCAGAACACGUUCAAGAGUUUCAAGUGGUGAAGAAUCUGGUCAAGCACCAAAGAAGCUCAAGACAAGCAAAGCUAGCGCAAGAGUUGCAUAAUUUUGUUCCUUUGUACUUGAUUUUUUUUCAUUGUUUUGUUAUCCUGUCCUGUCGUGGGGGAUAAUUCAUAUCUUCUCCUGGUUUACGAGUUCUAAUUAGUUGAGCCAGAAAUGAUUGUACAUGUAGUUGCUUUUAAUUUGUUGGAAUGCACAGAUAUCCUAGCACACAAAUAUGUAGCUUUUCCCUUUUGUGCAUUACUAUAUCCGUAGAGGCUUCCAUUCUAAUGUUGAGAAGCGGGCUUUUCAUCCAA